CUUCCGGUUUCUUGUUUUCAUGCGGAUGACAAAUGAUACUAGUUGAAGGCUAACCGUGUUAAACCAGUGACAGUUACAGCUUUCGGGACCAUUCUCACUUUUAUUUAGCUUUUUUUUUCUUCUUUCUUUUUUUCUUCAAAAUUGUAAAGCUUUAAUCAUGAUGCAGUUUAUACUUGGCUUCACUCUGGGAAACGUGGUUGGUAUGUAUCUGGCACAGAAUUAUGAGGUACCCAACAUUUCAAAGAAAAUCGAGGCCUUUAAAAAGGACGUGGAAGCCAAGAAGAAACCUCCAGAGUAACAAAUAUGAGUCACAAGUGGAAAUAAGGCUCAUUAUGAUGAACAUUUUGGAACAAGGAAAUAUACUCCAUGUUACUGUUCAUAAGUAUGAACAAAAGAGCCCCACAAAUGCAGAGUAUAAUCCCAGUGUCAACAGUGCCUCAAAAUCCCCAUUGUGUUCAAAGUUGAUGUGUUCUGCUGCGUUUUGCAUUGUAUUCCCUGUCCUCUUUUUCUUUCUUUUUUAAGCAGGAUACAUUUGUUUUACACCUGAUAAAAGAUAUGUUUGCUGUUACCAAUUGGAUAAUUAUUUAUCAGUUGAAAAACAAACAACUGUAGUACUUCAUAAAAGCUUCUUAAUACGAUUAUGUUCUAAAGGAGCAAGCUUGCACAAAUAAAAAUGCCAAUUUUAAA